AUCCCGUCCACCCGGCUCUAGCCCCCUGCUAGUACUAGCAGAAGAAGACCUGCUGGUGCCGUUCCGGUCUGCCCUCUCCAAGGUCACCUAUGCUCCGACAACGGCGCGGUGAGGUGGCUGACGAGCCCUCGAUGUCGACAGUGACACCCCCCGGCCGGCCCACCAGUGCGGACAGGACAUGCACGCACGCGUGAUGCAGUAGUACUCUGAGUAGCACUCAUCCUCGUGGGGGACUACCAAGUGGGUGUGCUGCUGCGCAUCCUUCGUGGCCGCAGCAGGGCCAACCAGGGUUGCAACAUCUUCAACACGGACGCGCCGCCGUCAACCCCCAGCCGCCGCGGCGACGACGACGGCAGGUCUCAGACGCGCGCUGUCACCAUGAGACACCACGAAGCCGCCCCGAUCUUGCCCAAGGCGGACGGCCGGGCUUAUGGCACCACCGUCCCAUCAGAGUCUGAUAAGAGUGCGGCUCGCGUUUCAUGUACCCAGCGCCAACAAGUGUCCGGCGGCGCUGACACCUACGAUGGUGACAGCAGCCAUCAACGACAACAACAACAACACCAUGAUGAGCAACAAGACCGCCUUCUCGACGACGGCCAGCUGCCGCCCCUCCAGGCCGGCGUGCAGAGCAUCGAGGCCACGACGACGGCAUGGACCCAGACCGCGCUGGUGGCCGCCUACGCCAUGAUCUGGGUCAUCUACUUCGUCAACACGACCCAGCAGGGCGCCACCAGCGCCCUCACGCCCUGGGUCACCUCGGCCUUCCAGCAGCACUCGCUCACCCCGACCGUCGCCCUCAUGAGCCAGAUCGUCGGCGGCGUCUUCAAGCUCACCCUCGCCAAGAUCCUCGACGUCUUCGGCCGGCCCCAGGGGUACCUGCUCGCCGUCGUCCUCACCACCCUCGGCCUCGCCGCCAUGGCCGCGUGCCGAAACGUGGAGACGUACGCCGCCGCGCAGGUCUUCUACUGGGUCGGCUUCAACGGCCUCGACUACUGCCUCAGCAUCUUCGUCGCCGACACCUCGUCCCUGAGGAACCGCGGCCUCGUCUUUGCCUUUUCGAGCUCGCCAUACAUGGUCACCGCGUGGCUGUCCGGGCCCAUCUCCGAGGCCUUUCUCAACGGCCCCGGCUUCCGCUGGGGCUUUGCCACCUUUGCGGUGGUCACGCCCGUCGUCGCCCUGCCGCUGUACUUUCUGUUCAUGCACAACUACCACAAGGCCAAACGGCGGGGCCUCAUCCCCGAAAGGAAACACGGCCAGGGACCAACGCAGACGUUUGUCCACUACGCGCAAGAGUUCGAUCUUGUCGGUGUGCUGCUGCUCUCGAUUGGUCUGGCUCUGUUUCUCCUGCCGUUCAACAUCUACUCGCGCCAGGAGCUGGGCUGGCGCUCGCCCAUGAUCGUUUCGUUCCUCGUCACUGGCAUUGUGCUUCUCGUCCUAUUUGCCCUAUGGGAAUGGCGAUGCGCACCCGUAAAGUUCAUCCCGUACAGCCUCCUCAUGGACCGGACCGUUUUCGGCGCCUGCAUCCUCGCCUGUGUCAGCUUUACCAGCUACUACAUCUGGGAUUCCUACUUCAACUCGUUCCUGCAAGUCGUCAACGGCCUCUCCGUCACGCAGGCGAGCUACGUAGGGCAAGUCUACAGCGUCGGCACGUGCCUCUGGGCUCUCGUCGUCGGGCUGCUGAUCCGCAAGACGGGGCGCUUCAAGUGGCUCGCCCUGUACGUCGGCGUCCCGCUCCUCAUCGUGGGAGUCGGCCUGAUGAUCAGGUUCCGCCAGCCAAACGUCCACGUCGGGUGGCUGGUCAUGUGCCAGGCCCUCAUCGCCGUGGCCGGCGGCACCAUCGUCAUCUGCGAGCAGACGGCCGUCAUGGCCGCCGCCGCCUCGCACCAGUUCGUCGCCGUCGUGCUCGCCGUUGAGUCCAUGUUCGCCGCCCUCGGCGCCGCCAUUGGCCUGACUGUCGCCGCGGCCAUCUGGCAGGCCGUGUUCCCGAGGAAGCUGCGCGAGUACCUCCCCGCGUCGGAGCUCGGGAACCUGGACAAGAUUUACGGACGGCUCGACGUCCAGCUGUCGUAUCCUGUUGGGUCGCCGGCACGGAUCGCCAUCCAAAGGGCGUACGGCGACGGCCAGAGAAUGAUGCUCCUAGGGGGGACGUCGGUCCUGAUCAUCGCGCUCGUAGCGGUGGCCAUGUGGCGUGACAUCAAUGUCAAGAGCAUGAAGCAAGUGAGAGGCAACGUGAUUUGAAUGAUGGGAAGCAUAUUUAAUCAUGACUUUGAUGAGAAGCAAGCAUGGCGAAUCUUGGAUUUAGAAGCAUAAUCACGUAGAGCGCAUUGAUGCUUCAAUUGCACACGCGUCAUGAACAAAGCCUUUUCAUCCCCUUUCUGAACACUACUGAUCACCGUCCGGGUCGCACGGCAGGGCAUACAGCGGCCCCGCGUAACAACCCCCGCAGAGCAAACGCGACAACCUCUUGACAAGCUUGCACUCAAUGGUGCUAUGAUAAGGGGGGUUCACAAGACAUUCACAGUUCCAACGCUGAGGAUGAUGUGGAUAAUUGCUCCCGAU